UGUGUGUGUGUGUGUGUGUGUGUGUGUGUGUGUUUAGCCACUGAGGCCAUGAGGCCAAAGACUUUCCCAGCUGCCCCGUACGUGGGCAACACUCGCCAGCGGCUGCAGGAGAUCAAGGAGGGUCUGAAGCAGCCGGCCAAGCUGGUGAGCCAGGCGCUGCACGGCGGCAGCUCCCGGGGCGACGGCGGCGGCGGAAGCGGCAGAGCGCCCGAUUGCAAGAGCGGCAAAGAUGCGGCCGGGCGCCAGCAGCAGCUGCGGCCGCCGCAGAAGUUCAACAACUACCAGAACGCUCUGCGGGAAAUCCGCAAGUCGCUCAUGCCGUUCGCCAACGAGUCCGGUCCGUCCUCCUCGUCCUCCUCGUCCUCCGGGUCCGGACAUCCCGCGGGGGCCGGAGAGGUGAACAGACAGAUGCUGCAGGAGCUGGUGAACGCCGGCUGUGACCAGGAAAUGGCCGUGCGGGCGCUGAAGCAGACAGGAAGCAGGAACAUCGAAGCUGCUCUAGAGUACAUCAGUAAGAUGGGGUACCUCGACCCUCGAAACGAACUCAUCGUCCGAGUCAUCAAACAGACGUCACCAGGAAAAGCUGGGAUGCCAAACACCAUGGACCACCGGCCUGCGAUGGACGCUGCAGGGGACACAGGCGCGAUGCCUCCGUACCACCAGAUGGGGGCGCCCAUGUACGAUGGGGCAGGUGGUUACGGCCCUGAGGGCCCCUACAUGAGUGCCCCCCCUGUAAUGAACUACAUGAUGCCCCCGUCUGGCGCAUCGCAGGGUCCGGCCAUGGGGAACCCGAUGGGUCGACCCCCCAGUAUGGGAACGUAUCCCCCGGUCAUGGCCCCCCAGAGCAACCCGGGCAACACCAUGUACCCACCGGGGGCCCCGCAGAAGGGCUACCCGGGGGGUAUGGAGCAGCACGGGCCCAUGAUCAGCUACAACGUCCCUGGCCAACCCCUGCAACUCCAGCCACAGCCACCAGGGGGCCCUGUCCCCGGCCCCCACUACGACUACGGUCACGCCAGGCCUCACAUGAUGGAGCCUGCCAGCUACGGCGUCAAAAGGACCCCGUCCUUUCAGAAUAAGAUGGCACCGCCGCCCAUAGCGCCACAAGACAACUAUGUCAACAUGCAGGGGAAGGGGCCUAUGGGUCAGAACGGGCCGGGAGUCGCAGGAGGGGGAGGAUACCCCGCCAACCUGUACCUGCCCCCGCACUCCCACCCCCGACAGGCCAGCCCUACCUCCCACCAAGUCCACAUGAUGUCCCGUUCCCCGGGUGGGGUGGCAGCCAUGGGCCCCGACUUCUCCGAUCUGCCACAGAGCUUGAUGACGCCGUCGAGGGCCAGCCUCAACCUGGACCUGUAUGAGCACCACUGGGCGGGGCCUCCAGGCCCUGAGGGGGCCCCUCAAGCCAGGCAACCCCAGCCCCAGGGCCCGUUCAGGGGGGAGGUGCGCGUCCCGAGCAGAACCAACUCCUUCAACAGUCGCUCUGCGGGCCCCAGCGGUGUCCGGCCUGUGAUGGCGGCGCCUCCUCCGGCAGGAAAACAGGAUUCGUCCUUGGGGCCGCCGAACACCAUCACGGCCGUGACGUCCCCGCCCAUUCAGCAGCCGGUCAAGAGUAUCCGUGUGAUGAGGCCGGAGCCCAAAACGGCCGUGGGGCCGUGUCACCCGGGCUGGAUGACGGCUCAGGGGCAGGAUGCGGCAGAACCUCUGGCCUACAUGCCCGAGGAGACGUACCCCAUCGAGCCUGCUCAGGAGCCACGCUGCCCGCCGCCGCCGUACCCCAAGAACCUGCUCAUCGAGUCGGGGCCCCUGGAGGGAGCCGGAGCCAUGUGUGGCGCUCAGGAGCUCGGCAACCCCGCGGCCAGGAGCGCGCGCACGGGCAGCGGCGGGAGUGGGAAGGGGGGAGACGAGAGCCAGCAGCAGGUGAAGGAGAAGACGAAGCUGGGCAAGGGGGAGAAGGCGGUGAAGGACAAGAAGCAGAUCCAGACGUCGCCGGUGCCCGUGAGGAAGAACGGACGCGACGAGGAGAAGCGCGAGUCGCGCAUCAAGACCUACUCGCCGUUCGCGUUCAAGUUCUACAUGGAGCAGCACAUCGAGAACGUGAUGAAGACGCACCAGCAGAAGCUCAACCGCAGGCUCCAGCUGGAGCAAGAGAUGUCAAAGGCCGGUCUGUCGGAGGCGGAGCAGGAGCAGAUGAGGAAGAUGCUGAACCAGAAAGAGUCCAACUACAACCGGCUGCGCCGAGCCAAGAUGGACAAGUCCAUGUUCGUCAAGAUCAAGACGCUGGGCAUCGGCGCCUUCGGCGAGGUCUGUCUCACGCGCAAAGUGGACACGGGCGCACUCUACGCCAUGAAGACGCUGCGCAAGAAAGACGUCCUCAACCGCAACCAGGUCGCUCACGUGAAGGCGGAGCGCGACAUCCUGGCGGAGGCGGACAACGAGUGGGUCGUGCGCCUCUACUACUCCUUCCAGGACCGCGACAGCCUCUACUUCGUCAUGGACUACAUCCCCGGCGGGGACAUGAUGAGCCUCCUCAUCCGCAUGGGCGUCUUCCCGGAGCCGCUGGCGCGCUUCUACGUGGCCGAGCUGACGCUGGCCAUCGAGAGCGUGCACAAGAUGGGCUUCAUCCACCGCGACAUCAAGCCGGACAACAUCCUCAUCGACCGCGACGGACACAUCAAGCUGACGGACUUCGGCCUGUGCACGGGCUUCCGCUGGACGCACAACUCCAAGUACUACCAGAAAGGGAGCCACGUGCGACAGGACAGCAUGGAGCCCAGCGACUUCUGGGACGACGUGUCCAACUGUCGCUGCGGCGACCGGCUGAUGACCCUGGAGCAGCGAGCCAACCGGCAGCACCAGCGCUGCCUCGCUCACUCGCUGGUGGGGACGCCCAACUACAUCGCGCCCGAGGUGCUGCUGCGCAAAGGUUACACUCAGCUGUGCGACUGGUGGAGCGUGGGAGUGAUCCUGUUUGAGAUGCUGGUGGGACAGCCGCCCUUCCUGGCCUCCACACCCACUGAGACUCAGAUUAAGGUGAUAAACUGGGAGAGCACGCUACAGGUGCCUGCGCAGGUCAAACUGAGUCCGGAGUCCGUCGACAUCAUUGCGCGCCUCUGCUGCUCGGCCGAGGAGCGCCUGGGCGCCAACGGCGCCGGCGAGAUCAAGGCCCACCCCUUCUUCACCGAGAUGGACUUCUCCAGCAACCUGCGGCAGCAGCCGGCCCCCUACCGGCCCAAGAUCGCACACCCGAUGGACACGUCCAACUUUGACCCGGUGGAGGAGGAGGGCGGCCCCGGGGCGUGGAGCGACAGCGGCGACAGCACGCGUGCGCUGGACAUGCUCUGCUCGCCGCACGGCAAGCACCCGGAGCACGCCUUCUACGAGUUCACCUUCCGCCGGUUCUUCGACGACAACGGCUGCCCCUUCCGCUACCCCAAGCCCCCGGAGGCCACCGAGAUGCCGCCGGGCAUCUGCAUGGGCCCGGAGGAGGAGGACGAGGAGCAGCAGCAGCAGCAGCAGCAGCAGGAGGAGGAGGAGGAGGAAGAGGAGGAGGACGACAUCGAGGAGGAGGAUGAAGAGGAGGGGGAGCAGGGCGAGGGCUGUGAGCCGGUGUAUGUGUAAAGAGGAGCGUUGGGGAUUGACCCUCCUGUCCUCGUGUCCUCCAUCUGUAUGUGCAGAUCUGGCUUGACAAACACCGCCCCCUUGUGGCGUCCACAGCACGUCCGCUCUGACUUCAUAAAACAAAUCUCCUGAUCCGGGACCAAGAGGUGAGACUCGUGACAGAAGAGUGAAGAGACUUGAAUGGAUUUGGCUUUUUUUUGGACGUAACGGACCGGAUUCUGGUUACUGCGUCCGUCAGUUUCUCCUCCCAUUCCUUCCACCCUCGGUCUUACGGACGGACAGACGGACGGACGAGUGAUGCGUCGUGACACGCGGGGAGCGACUUCAUGUUCUACCUGAGCUGCUUUUUUGCGGCAAUGUGAAGAGUGGAACUAGUUUACUUGUUUACCACGGACGGUGGUGGAGGAGGAGGGAAACCGGUGUUUGGGUUAGGACGAGCAAAACACACGUCUUUCACAGCUGCUGCAAAAUAAGCUACAGACACACACACACACACACACACACACACACACAAGAGAAACAGUGUGGCUCCGUCUCUGCGGGUGCAUUUUCACUCGUCUCAGAAAAGUCUCCUGGAUUUCCUCGCAGAGAAAUCGUCAUUUUUGAGAGAAUGUAUCCCUGAAUCUGCUUUUUCAAAUUGUUUCCCUGUUUAUACAAAAAUGUGUCUUUUAUGUCUUUAUCAACAGAUAUGAACAAAUAUAUGUGCUUCAACAGCUGCCUCACUUUUGGCACUUUUCCAUUCUACAGUUCUAGCUCGGCUCGGCUCAAACUUGGCUCUUUUUUUUUCUUUUUUUUGGUUUUCAAUGAGUGAUAGAACCUGGUA